CCUUGUUAGAUAGUUAAUCCUUUCCGAACAAAUCAAAGAGAAAGAGAAAGAGAGGAAAAAACACACAGACACAGAGACAGAGAGCAUUCCCUUAUCUCUCUUUCUCUAUCUCUGUGUUGUGUGCGUCGCAUUUUUGUGCUUUUUUGCUUUGAAUUUUUUUUUUUUUUUUAUGGUGUUUUGAGUGUUGCGUUGUUGUGUGUGAAAAUCGUUCGUUGCAGAAGAAGGGAAAAGUUAAAGAGAGAGCCAUGAAUGAGAAGGCGUCUGUUUCCAAAGAGCUUAAUGCCAAGCACACCAAGGUAUUGGAGGGUCUCGUUAAGCUACCAGAGAACAGGGAAUGUGCAGAUUGCCGGAGCAGGGCUCCACGAUGGGCAAGUAUCAACCUAGGAAUAUUUAUAUGCAUGCAAUGUUCUGGAAUACACCGGAGUCUGGGAGUACACAUCUCAAAGGUACGGUCUACCACUUUGGACACAUGGCUUCCCGAACAAGUUGUUUUUAUGCAGAUGAUGGGGAACAAAAAGUCCAAUGAUUACUGGGAAGCAGAACUAUCACCAGACUUUGACCGAAAUCCCAUUGAAAAAUUUAUUAAUGCCAAGUAUGUGCAAAAAAAAUGGGCAUCGAAAACGUCCAUGCAACCAGCACUUGAAGUCAGCCAAGAGAUAUCUGUAGGUCCCUCUGGAAGAGGAAUUCCGAAAAAAGCAAGAAAGUACUCUUUGGAUGAAGAUAUUUUCUCCAAGGGCUUGGCCCAAAUGCCUCCCACAGCACGAAAUCGUGGGGCUUCUUUAGAUUUGAUGAGCGACGUGGCUUCAGCUCCCCCAAAUGGGUUUACUGCUGAAAACGAUAUGUCUAGUAAAAAUGUCGAUGCUACUACGGAUCUGUUCAGUCUGCUCUACGUAUCGGAUGCAAAACAAGAACGGACAGUUGUGCCACCAUCACGCUGGGCAACUUUUGAGUGAGCUGAUGACCAAACAUAGGAGAUCUCUUUUAUCUCUGAGAAUUUCUUCAGUGGCAUACUUUGCAGUUCAUGGGGAGAAAAGUAGCAACUCUUGACAUUAUAGAAAAGGUUAAAACUUCAAACGUUGAGGAGUUGAUGAACUGAGAAUUGGACUUGAGUUGGGCUAGUCCAGUGGAAUUAGAGAUCUCAGUGGUUGUCCCAAAAAACAUGUUUAGGGAUCUUUUUAAUUUUCUUAUACAUUGUGGAUGAAAAUUGUUUCUACUUUAAAAUUGUAGAAUAUGCUGAUAUCCAUUCUCUUACCACAAUGCUAGUCUUUGAUCUGCUUAUGUUCCCUGGCUACCUUAUCCAUUUUCUUCUUGAUUUUCACAUUGUUGGGACAGUGAGUGGAGAUGGGCACUAAAUUCUGCAAGGAACUGAGUAAAUGACUAUAGCACGUA